AUGGAAUUCCAACUGUCUAGCAACGCAGACGAGAACGAGACAGGUGAAUACGGGUCGAUGAGUCUUUUAAAUGAGGCUGGAGGGUACCAGAGAAAUAGUGGAAUGAUGAGCCAGCCAAUACAAGGUAUGCCGAUCGAACAAAUAAACUCUCCUGGAGGAGCAGGAGGUGGAACUGGGAACGUGAAGGCGUCAAACGAUUUUGUGAGAAUCAUCUAUGGAAUACUAGAGAGGGAAGAUUAUCCCGAUAUUAUCACUUGGUCAGAAAAGGGGGAUUCCUUUUUAGUAUUGGAUACGGGCAAAUUUACGUCCCAGAUUUUACCAAAUCAUUUUAAACAUUCUAAUUUUGCUAGUUUUGUUCGACAAUUGAAUAAAUAUGAUUUCCAUAAAGUAAAACGUACUCAAGAAGAGAAAAAAAAAUGGAAAUAUGGAGAACAAAGUUGGGAGUUUUGUCAUCCAUUAUUCAAGAGGAACCACGAUGAUGGGUUAAAUAAUAUCAAAAGGAAAACUAGUUCACAGAAGAAAAUCCCCAUUAUCGAUGGUUCAUUAAUUAUUAAUGACACAGCUGGAAAUGGUACCCCUACAGAUAUUAAUUUGAAUAAUAUAUUGAAUGGAUUUGUUCCGAAAAGUAAUUUUGAGAAGACAAAUAAACAGAUUGAAGAGUUGAAAAAUGAAUUAAUGGUAUCACGAGAAGACAGCUUAAAUACCAAGGUCCAAUUACAAAAAUUAAAUUCUAAAUAUAAUAGCAUGAUUGAAAGUCUGCUACUAUUUAAGAAUAUGCAUGGGAAAUUAUUAAACAAUUUUGCCAUUCUGUGCAAUAGUCUACGUAGCAGAGGUAUCGAACUCCCGGAGGAACUUGUCGAGUUUAAUAAUGAUAAUUCAGACUCAAUGCAUAUGACUAAUUCGAUGAUGGAUAUGAAUUUAUCAAGAGAUGAAUUUUACCAACAAAUGGCCCCCAUGUUUCAAAAUGGUUCACCUGAGUUGUUUGCUGGGGCAAACUCAGGGACAAACUCUAAUACAACACCAGGUACAACAGCUAAUGCAGCUUCGAAUUCAAAUGCAAAUGCUACUAAUAACAAUCUUAAUAACAAUCCUCCCACUACUUCUACUACUACUGCUGCUGCCACUACUACUGCUUCUGCUGCCACUACUACCGCAGCAGCAGCAGCAGCAACAGCCGCAGCAACAGCAACAGCAACAGCAACUAAUAGUUCUAAUAAUGUUGGUCCUUAUGUACUUCGAAAAGGAUUUCAUGUUCUUCUAGUAGAAGAUGACGAAGUAUGUAUCCAAUUAUGCUCAAAAUUCUUACGCAAGUAUGGCUGUACAGUACGUGUAGUUACAGAUGGUCUUACAGCUAUCAGUGUUCUUGAGAACCAUCGUUUCGAUUUAGUUUUGAUGGAUAUUGUCAUGCCUAAUCUAGACGGUGCAACUGCCACAUCUAUUGUUCGUAAUUUUGAUAAUUAUACCCCAAUAAUUGCCAUGACAGGUAAUAUUGAAGAUCAGGAUUUAAUAACUUACUUACAGCAUGGUAUGAAUGAUAUAUUAGCUAAGCCCUUCACAAAGCGUGAUUUGCAUUCGAUGUUGGUGCGUUAUUUACGUGAUAAGGUACCCUUAUGCGAGGCUGGUGGAACUGGUAAUGAAAGUAACGGUGCUAAGAUACGAACUAAUACGGUCGAUGCGCCUUCUAAAUUGGCUAGUGUAUCACCAGGUAGUCGUCAGAAUAGGGUAGAAGGCUUACCAGUAAGUAAGAAACCAAGAACUUCCUAA